UAGCACAGCACUGUUGUUCAUCAGGAGAGGCAACAGCAGUGUGGUUGAAGAAUAAAGAGUGGACUAAAGUUGCCUGAUUUCGUCUCUAUUUAAUUUAAAGAUGUCAGAAAAGGGAGACGUAGACCUUACAGGAGCCAAACAAAACACUGGAGUGUGGCUCGUGAAAGUUCCAAAGUACCUCGCGCAGCAAUGGGCGAAAGCAUCAGGACGGGGUGAAGUAGGUAAACUGCGCAUUGCUAAGAACCAAGGGAAAACAGAGGUGGCAUUCACUCUGAACGAGGAGCUGACCACCCUGGAGAACAAAGGGGAGGGGAAGACCGCCGGGAUGGUGGCCGUGCCACGAGAGCACCCCUUCACCAUGCAGACGGUCGGGGGCCAGACCCUCGCCGUGUUCACAGAGACCUCCUCAGGCCAGGGCCAGGCAGAGGCUGAAGGCAGCACCUCAGGGCCAGCCCCAGGCCCAGACAAGAUAGCGCUGGAAGGAGUGGUGGUGCAGAGGGCCGAGUGCCGGCCGGCCGUCAACGAGAGCUACAUGAGGCUGAAGAAGCUUCAGAUCGAGGCGUCCUCCAAGCCAGUACGUCUGUCACAGCAGCUGGACAAGGCUGUGACGCACAACUACAAGCCAGUCGCAAAUCACGCAAACAAUCUGGAGUGGGAGAAGAAGAAGAAGGAGGAAGGCAAGAGGGCGCGGGCGGAUAAGCAGCAGGUGCUGGAUAUGCUCUUCUCUGCCUUCGAGAAGCACCAGUACUACAACAUCAAGGACCUAGUGGACAUCACCAAGCAGCCUGUGAUCUACCUGAAAGAGAUUCUUCGCGACAUUGGGAUCUACAAUGUCAAGGGCACCCACAAGAACACUUGGGAACUGAAACCAGAAUACAGGCACUACCAAGGAGAAGAGGAGAAGACCGACGAGUGAUGUGAUGUGAUCUGAUGAGCAACAUCAACCAGGCCCAUGUACAGUAGAUAGAUGCAGCAGGAGUAGGGCCUUAAGAACGGGGCAGCCUUCUAGCUUCCUGUGUUGGGCCUUCCAGCUCUAAUGUGAAUGAAACAGACCAAUGAAGAUUUAUGGGCUGCUCCUCCCUGCUGUACCUCGCAACCAAUGGUGGAAACUGAAGACUCAUUUUCCUCCUCACUACCAGCACGCUAACGUCAAACUGCCAGUGUGACAUGGAGACGAGGAGUCCAACAAUGGAGUCAAUGAAAAGCCCCCCCCCAAUUUGUUAUGUUCUGUUUUUGAUUUUAUGUUACCUGGGGGGUGUAUUCCACAUGCGUACAUAGUUUAGUAAUUUACCAAGCGACAGGUCAACUCGCAGUGACUCGUAGACCUCCAAAAAAACAAAAAUGAAAAAAAAAACCGCAGACUGGAGUCUUCCUGCAGCCCUUCCUUCCUAUUUCAACAUGCAGUUGUAUUGCUCACACUGCCCUUGACUUGUCAAUACCCAACGUUAUUUUGUUCAGCCCUUUCCGAGAUCCUAGCUGUUUUUUUUUUUUUUUUAGGUCUGAACAGUCUCCCAAAUAUCACCCCAAAUGUUUUGUAACAUUAGCAGACAUUAUUUGGAGUAUGUCCAAAUGUUCAAGCAAACCAUGCACCCAUUAGAAUGGCCAGGAUCUUGGAAAGGGCAUGUUGUCGUGCGGUAUUGUUGGGUACUGUACUGAUAAGGGCAACAUAAGCAAUGCAACUACUAUAUGCUUCAAUUGGAUGGAAUUCGGCUUCCAGUACCACUCCCAGUGACGGGACCACCGAAGUUGCCUCAUGCCAUACCCUCCUGAGGCAUGUUUCACUUCAGUGUCAGGCGACUCCGGCAUUUAUCAUUGUGAUCCCCAUUAUUACUUUAGGAUGACCUAAUGAUUGGUAUGAAAGGCCUGCUAAUUAAAUAUGGGUCAUAUAGCAGGAGUUUUUUUUUGUUUGGAUUUGUCAAUUUGGGGCAUCAAUUACCUUGAUAAGUGACAUAGUAAACAGUAUCAUGUUAAUGAUCUGCAUUUUUUUUGGUAUGUUGAAUUGCUGUAUUGUCAAUAAAAAGUUCUGUUUUGUAAAAAAUGAAUAAAGGAGUGGUGCAGUUAA